AUGGAAAAGGUCACAAGGAGAAGUUGGAGUUGAUGGCGACGUUCUCGUUUUUCGGGAAUGUUAUGUCUAUGGCCAGUGUGCAGCUGGCCGGAGCCAAGCGAGACGCAUUGCUACUGAGCUUCAAGGAAGCCAAGCUCUCAGUGGUGGAGUAUGACCCGGAAAUACAUGAUCUGAAGACUCUGUCUCUGCAUUACUUCGAGGAGCCUGAGCUGCGGGAUGGCUUUGUGCAGAAUGUUCACAUUCCAAAAGUUCGUGUGGACCCCAAUGGACGAUGUGCUGUCAUGCUGAUCUAUGGUACCAGCUUGGUGGUGCUGCCUUUCCGGAGGGAUACCCUGGCAGAGGAUCAUGAAGGACCAAUGGCUGAGGGACAGAAGUCCAGCUUCUUGCCUAGCUACAUCAUCGACGUGCGGGAAUUGGACGAGAAGCUGCUGAAUAUCAUAGACCUCCAGUUUCUACACGGAUACUACGAGCCCACCCUCCUCAUCCUCUUCGAGCCAAACCAGACGUGGCCGGGACGUGUUGCCGUACGUCAGGACACGUGCAGUAUUGUCGCCAUCUCCCUGAACAUCCUUCAGAAGGUCCAUCCCGUCAUCUGGUCCCUCUCCAGCUUACCAUUUGAUUGUACCCAGGCGCUGGCGGUACCGAAACCCGUCGGUGGUGUUGUCAUCUUUGCUGUGAACUCUCUGCUGUAUCUGAAUCAAAGUGUUCCCCCCUACGGAGUGUCACUCAACAGCCUGACCAACGGGACCACCUCCUUCCCACUCAAGUCACAUGAUGAUUACCGGAUAACACUGGACUGUGCGCAGGCCACCUUCAUCUCCUACGACAAAAUGGUGAUUUCUCUGAAGGGUGGAGAGAUUUUAAUAAGCCGAGUUCUCUUCCAGGAAGAGCCUCCGUCUAAGAAGAAACGCGUGGAUUCCGCCGUGGCCCGUCCUGGCAUUAAAGGGGCCUCGGUGGAUGAGAUUGAUGAGAUCGAGGUGUACGGCAGUGAGAUGCUGUCAGGCACGCAGCUCUCCACAUACUCAUUCGAGGUGUGCGACAGCAUCUUAAACAUCGGACCUUGUGCUACGGCAUCCAUGGGGGAGCCCGCCUUCCUGUCUGAGGAGUUUCAGAAUAGCCCUGAGCCGGACCUGGAGAUCGUCUUGUGUUCUGGAUACGGGAAGAACGGGGCUCUCUCUGUGCUGCAGAAGAGUAUCCGGCCCCAAGUGGUGACGACCUUUGAACUUCCCGGGUGUCAUGACAUGUGGACGGUCAUUUCCUCCAAUGAGCAGCCGGAGGAUUUGGGGGAGACGGCUGAGCAAGCGGAAGACGAUGAUGAGAAGAACCGCCAUGGCUUUCUCAUCCUGAGCCGUGAGGACUCCACCAUGAUCCUCCAGACUGGGCAAGAGAUCAUGGAGCUGGACACGAGUGGAUUCGCCACGCAGGGCCCCACGGUGUACGCCGGGAAUAUCGGAGACAAUAAGUACAUAGUACAAGUGUCCCCCCUGGGGAUUCGCCUGCUGGAGGGAGUGACUCAGCUGCACUUCAUCCCCGUGGAUCUGGGCUCUCCCAUCGUCCACUGCGCCGUGGCGGACCCCUACGUGGUGAUUCUGAGCUCGGAAGGUCAGGUGACCAUGUUCCAGCUGAAAAGUGACUCCUAUGGCGGCAAAUCUCAUCGGCUCGCUCCGCAGAAACCCAACAUACAUUACCAAUCGAAGGUGAUCGCUCUCUGCAUUUACCGCGACGUCAGCGGCAUGUUCACCACGGCGACCAGAUCGGCCCCGGUGAAGGAGGACAGCGUCCCCCCGAGCGCUGCUGAAGGAGACAGUCUGUUGCAGGAGAUCAGCCGCUCUGUAGAUGAUGAGGACGAGAUGCUGUACGGAGAUUCCGGGUUCCCGUCCAGCCCCAGCAAGGAAGAGGCUCGCCGGAGCAAUCUUCCCCACGCCGAUCGUGACUCCGGCCAGUAUAAGAUUGAGCCCACUCACUGGUGUGUGCUGGUCAGAGAGAAUGGUAUCAUGGAGAUCUACCAGAUCCCGGAGUGGCGUCUAGUCUUCCUUGUGAAGAAUUUCCCCGUGGGGCAGAGAGUUCUUGUGGACAGUUCCUUUGGUCAUCCCAGUGCUCAAGGAGAAAGCAGGAAAGAGGAAGUGACCCGGCAGGGCGAGAUGCCCCUGGUGAAGGAGGUUCUGCUGGUGGGGCUGGGAAAUCGGCAAAGUCGCCCUUAUUUGCUGGUCCUGGUGGAUUCUGAGAUCCUGAUCUAUGAAGCGUUUGGACAUGACUCCCAGGGGAAUCUGAAGGUUCGAUUUAAAAAGGUUCCUCAUAAUAUAAAUAUCAGGGAGAGGAAGCAGAAACAUUCGAAGAAGAAGACUGAAGGAUUGGUGGAGGAAGUGAGCGCCCGAGCUCGCGUCGCUCGAUUCCGAUUCUUCCAGGACAUAUAUGGAUAUUCAGGGGUGUUUAUAUGUGGCCCGUCCCCCCACUGGCUACUAGUCACCUCUCGUGGGGCCCUGCGUCUGCACCCCAUGACUAUCGAUGGAUCCAUUGAAUCAUUUGCCCCCUUCCACAACAUCAACUGCCCCAGAGGGUUCCUCUAUUUCAACCGGCAGGGUGAAUUACGGAUCAGCGUCCUUCCUGCUUACUUAUCAUACGAUGCUCCGUGGCCUGUCAGGAAGAUCCCCCUUCGCUGCACGGUGCACUACGUGUCCUAUCAUGUGGAGUCCAAGGUGUAUGCAAUCGUCACCAGCGUGCAUGACACGUGUACUCGGAUCCCUCGUAUGACCGGUGAGGAGAAGGAGUUUGAGACCAUGGAAAGAGAUGAUCGCUAUAUCUCACCCGUACAAGAGGCGUUUUCCAUCCAGCUCAUCUCCCCCGUCAGCUGGGAGACCAUUCCAAACACCAGAAUCGAUUGUGAGGAAUGGGAGCACGCCACCUGCAUGAAGACCGUCAACCUGAAGAGCGAAGAGACCGUGUCUGGCCUGAAGGGGUACAUUGCAGUGGGGACGUGUGUGAUGCAGGGAGAGGAGGUCACCUGUAGAGGACGGAUUCUUAUCAUGGAUGUGAUUGAAGUGGUCCCGGAGCCGGGUCAGCCUCUAACCAAGAACAAGUUCAAGGUUCUGUAUGAGAAGGAACAGAAGGGUCCGGUCACUGCCCUGUGCCAUUGUAACGGGUAUCUGGUGACAGCCAUUGGCCAGAAGAUCUUCCUCUGGAGUCUGAAGGACAACGAUCUGACGGGGAUGGCGUUCAUUGACACUCAGCUCUACAUCCACCAGAUGAUCAGUGUCAAGAAUUUCAUUCUGGGUGCCGACCUGAUGAAGAGCAUCUCACUGCUGCGCUACCAGGAGGAGAGCAAAACCCUGUCACUGGUCAGCAGGGAUGUGAAGCCUCUGGAGGUGUACAGUGUGGAGUUCCUGGUGGACAACAAUCAGCUCGGCUUCCUGGUGUCUGACCGUGACCGAAACAUCAUGCUGUAUAUGUACCUUCCGGCCGCGAAGGAAAGUUUCGGGGGACUGCGGCUCCUGAGACGGGCAGACUUCCACGCAGGCUCCCACAUCAAUGCCUUCUGGAGGACUCCGUGCCGCGGAGCCAGCGAAGGGCCCAGUCGGAAGACGGCGUUGUGGGACAACAAGCACAUCACGUGGUUCGCUACGCUGGAUGGCGGCAUCGGCCUCCUGCUCCCGAUGGAGGAGAAGAAUUAUCGCAGAUUGCUGAUGUUACAGAAUCAUCUCAAUGUCUGGAUUCCGCACCACGCCGGCCUCAACCCCCGCGCAUUCAGGAUGUUGCAGAGCAGCCGCCGCACCCUCCAGAACGCCGUGAAGAACGUUUUGGAUGGUGAACUUCUAAACCGCUUCCUGUACAUGAGCAGCAUGGAACGCAGCGAGCUCGCCAAGAAGAUUGGGACCACCACGGACAUAGGGGCACAACACCACGGGGUUCUGCCGCCCCCCAACCCUCCAGCCUCGACCAAGCUUCGCAUCCAUUCGUCUCCGGAGGCGGGGCGCCUUCAGAGAUCCCUCCGCCGGAGCCCACCCAUCACAAGGGUCGAAAGCUCCGAUGGCCUGGAACCUCAUCCAGCGCCCCACCAAUUACGCCAGGAAUAG